UUUUCUUUUCGGGAUUUCUAGUGGCAGAAGGCGGCGCCCAGGGUCGACGGGCACGGUCAAGGAGGUGACGUCAGCAGCUUGCUGACGUAAUAUUUGGAAUUAGACAUCGUGUUACUAUGUUCAACUUCAACGUCAUGAGUUGGCGCUCAAUUGCAAUCAGCGUUUACGGUUUUAGUCUGUGCAUGGGUGCGCCUCUCAUCGUGGAUUGUUGAUUGGCUCCGCCUGUGAGGCGACACGGUGAGCAGGCUUUAACCUUCGGAAAUUUAGGCACCAAUUACAGUUUGCAAUGUUGCGCCAUCUGCUUUCUGGGGCAAGGGCUCUGGGCCCGCCCCUGAUCCAGGCGCAGGGCAUGGUGGAGAACGGGUUGUUGGCAGUUGGAGGGAGCCAAGUCAGCCAGAAGCGAUUCCUGAAUGUGCAUGAGUAUCAGGGUGCGGAUCUGAUGGCGAAGUUCGGCAUCAACGUCCCGAAAGGAAUUGUAGCAUCUACUCUCGACGAGGUCGACUCCGCAGCCAAAGAACUUCCUGGGUCCGAAGUCGUUGUUAAGUCGCAGGUGCUCGCAGGAGGGCGCGGGCUAGGGACGUUCAAGAAUGGGUUCAAGGGGGGGGUGCACAUUGUCAAGAAGGAGGAGGCGCGCAGCAUUGCAGAGAAGAUGCUGGGUCAGACGCUGGUUACGAAGCAAACCGGCGCUCAAGGAAAGCCGGUCAACAAGCUGUUUAUCUGCGAAAAGCUGUCCCUCGUGAACGAGAUGUACUUUGCGAUCGCGCUCGACAGGAAGGCGGCUGGCCCCGUGAUUAUUGCCUGCAGCCGAGGCGGAACCAGCAUCGAAGACUUGGCAGAGAAGCACCCUGACCUCAUCAUCCGGGUGAAUGUCGACAUCAACGAGGGCAUCACCGACGCGCAGGCCGGCGAGGUGGUGGACGGGUUGCAGCUGAAAGUGACGGACAAGGAAUCUGCCAAGGAGCAGAUCAAGAAGCUUUACAAAAUGUUUUCGGAGGCUGACACCACGCUCGUUGAGGUGAACCCGUUGGCAGAGGCGGAGGAGGGCAAGAUGGUUGCGGCAGAUGCGAAGCUCAACUUCGACGACAACGCUGCGUAUCGGCAGAAGGAGAUCUUUGCGUGGCGGGACAAGUCGCAGGAGGACCCCCGGGAGGUGGCGGCUGCUGAAGCGGACCUGAACUACAUCGGUCUCGACGGCAACAUCGGGUGCAUGGUGAAUGGCGCUGGGUUGGCCAUGGCGACAAUGGACAUUAUCAAGAUGCACGGUGGAGAGCCUGCCAACUUCCUUGACGUCGGCGGGAACGCCAGCGAGGAGCAGGUCGUCCAAGCGUUCAAGAUCCUGACGGCGGACUCCAAAGUGAAGGCACUCCUGGUAAACAUCUUUGGCGGCAUCAUGAAGUGUGACGUUAUUGCGAGCGGGAUCGUCAAGGCAGCGCAGGAGGUACAAUUGAAGGUGCCGUUGAUUGUGCGUUUGGAGGGGACAAACGUGGCCCUCGGCAAGAAGAUCCUGAAGGAAAGCAAGAUGAAUAUCAUUGCGGCGGAUGACUUGGACGAUGCUGCUGGGAAGGCUGUGAAGUCUCUCUCUUCUUAGGUACAUACGUGAUGGACAAGUACUGGCUCACAUAUGACACUUCGUUGAUAGUCCAGAAAGCAAGCGAAAUUGUGCAUGUAAGUACUUUCGACACAAUCACUUCAUCACAAUUCCAACGCGCGUCCACGGCAUUCGGCGGCUUUUAAGUACGACAGGUGGGCGGCCUGUAAAUGUGUGCGGCCAUAUCAUGCAGAAGCUGCACGCUUCUUGAUUUGCUUCCAAGGCUUUUGAAGUUCAGCUCUGGCGAU